AUAACCCAGCACUUCCUUUGUCCUAGAUUUCCUGAGAUUCUCAUCCAUAUAGAAGUACAUUAAGGCAGGUUCUUUGCUCGUGGAGGAUGAGGUAAUAUUUACAUGACUGGUAGAAAAGAGAGAAGGUUUCAUUGGCUCUGCUGCUGUUUACCAGGCCCAUUGUUAGGGCAACAUGUCACCCAUGGAGACAGAAACAAACCCAACAGCACUUGGCAAUAAAGACACAUGCAUGCUGUAUCAGGCUGCUUGGAAAAUACAGUAGCUGCAAUAUCACUUUCACUUGCAAGACUGGUAUGGGAUUUAGGAACAAAGGUGGCAAUUUGCACCUGAACAUCCAACGUUUUCCUGGCUCCCCAAGCUACGUCAGUCCAUCCCAUUUUGGAUUAGGGCUACUGAAAGCAGCCUGCCAUUGCCGCAUCAUCUGGAAAGGUUUUCAGCAGAAAUGUUUGUAACUGUGCUUCAUGGUGAAAACAGGGCAGACAUUUUUAACAUUCACUGUGAAGUCCAGCGUCUUCUAGAUGGUAUCAAACGCCGCUGUGGCUGUGAGGACGAAGACGAUAUAGAGUUAGCAGACGAGAGCGGCCAGGUGAAGAAUUUACUCCAGAACAAGCAGCGCUCUGCAACUGAGCUUCUGGGGGAACGUGAGGCCUACGUGCUCCUGGGUGUUACAAGAGGUGAAAGGCCUUCCAUGAGAGUAUUUACACCUCUGUUGAAAGAUGAGUCCGUCAUUAAUGCUAAGUUCCUAGCUAAGCUAGAGAGUUGGCAAGAGCGCAAAGUCCCCUCUCCGAGAGUAAAAUCCAGAAAGACCCACAAAAAAGCAACCUUGGAUAUCCCAGCUGCUGAAGGCUUAAGGAAUCAUUCACCUCAUGGCAGCAGAACAAGGACACCUGUUGCUUCUCCGAAACAAAGCAGAAAAUUAUGAUCUCUUGUUGGAUCUGAAUUCGGAAUCUGUUCCAGUUUCUGGAAAUGCACCUGUUAUGUAUGUUCCUGAGUGUCCCCUGCUCUGAGCUUGAGUCCACAUAACAAGGGACACCAGGAUUCUGAAGCCUGCAUUGUGAUUUGCUGCCUUGGCACAAAACAGCCAAUCAGGUUUGAGGUGGGUGUUGCCAGGGGCUGGCUGAAGUGUAUAUAAAUCAGAUCCUGUUCUCUGUUUCCCUCAAUCUGUUCCUGAUGUCUCACUAAAGUCUGUAAGCUGAA